AUGAUUAAAUUAAAGAAGUUUGGAUGCCCGUUUGAGAUUAUAGCCGAUAAACCCAAUGGUGAUGUAUACAAACUCUAUAAAGUGAUGAAUGGUUGUCAUAAUCAUGAUGAUCCGGAAUCUCUUAUUGGACACGCUGUUGUUUCUGGAUCGAAACCACAUCAAUUGGAAACAGUAAGGUCGAUGAAAUCGUGUAUACUAAGUGACAUCCUUAAGAAGAUUAAGGAUAACUUGUCCAUUUUGAGACAAAUUUACGCGGAAAAAGCAGCCUUUAUGAGGAGGGAAUGGGAAGGUAGAGCGAUUAUGGAACAACCUCAGUGGUUAGCCGAUCAACACGGAUACACAAUGAGGAAGCAGGUAUUGGAAGGCAAAGUGACUUUUAUUUUCUUUGCGCAUCAGGAGAUGAUCAAGUUGGCCGAAUGCUUCCAUCGAGUUUUGUUAAUAGAUUGUACGUACAAGACCAACAAGUACAACAUGUCGUUGUUAAAAAAUGCUUGCCACACUUCCGAUAAGCAAAAUUUCACGGUGGCAUGGGAGUUUAUGGAUCAGGAGAAUGAUGUGAGUUUUACUUUCAUGUUAGAGACCUUGAAGGAUAUACACCGUGGUGAUCAAACUCUGAGGAUCAUAGUAACGGAUAAUGAUCAAGCACUAAUGAAUGUCAUAUCAUAUGGGUAG